CGACGACGUUGUUUAAACAUUUACAUUUUAUUUUAUACGAUUUCGUUACUUGUCCAAAAAAGAAAAAAAAAAAAAGAAGAAAAGGAGGAAAAAGAUAGUAAUUAACGUAAAUGGGAAUAUUUGUGUUAUCAAAAAUUAUACGUGUAUAUGUACAAGUGUGAUAUAAUAUUGUGUUUUUUCAUAACCUAUUCUUCAUUCGCACGUAAAUGUAGAUUAAAUAUAUAUGGUGAAUUGUUAUUCAGAAUAGAAAAUAUUGAUUGUUGUGAUAUUAAGAAGUGAUAACAAAAGAUGUUAAGAAUAAGAAGCUGAAAACAAUGUAUCAACAAAAAGUACAUCCUACCAAAAGGAAUCUUAUAAAUGAAGGCAUCAUACAAAUUGGUGCUGGUGGUUCUGCAGGCUUUGUUGAAGUUUGUAUAAUGCAUCCAAUGGAUCUUAUCAAAACACGAUUUCAACUUCAAGUUAGAAUGCAAGCAGCAGAUGCCACUUAUUACACAGGCAUUAUAGAUUGUAUGCAUAAGAUGUGUAAAACUGAAGGUAUUACUGCAUUGUGGAAAGGAUUGCUUCCACCAAUCAUUGUAGAAACACCUAAAAGAGCAGUGAAAUUUUUUACAUUCGAACAAUACAAACAAUUCUUUUUAUUUGGUGCUGCGUCGCCUACUCCUUUGACAUUCUCAUGCGCUGGCUUCUUUGCUGGAAUUACUGAAGGAAUUUUGGUGAAUCCUUUUGAAGUUAUUAAAAUAAAGCAACAAUCAAAUCGUGUAGGAAGACCAUCAACUGCUAUUGUAACAAGAGAAAUUGUAUCAAAAUAUGGAUUUGGAUUAAAUGGGCUUUAUAAAGGAUUAACUGCCACUAUGAUGAGAAAUGCCGUAUUUAAUUCUUUUUAUUUUGGAUUUUAUCAUUCUGUAAAAAGUUACAUACCAGUAAAUAAAGAACCCUUGCUUGAAUUCGUAACUAAGGUCGGUCUAGGUUUCGUGUCAGGUACAGUAGCUUCUUGUUUAAAUAUACCUUUUGAUGUCGCUAAAAGUCGUAUACAAGGACCACAAGGAAAUAUACAAUACAAGGGAACACUAAAUACUAUAUGUAUUAUUUAUAAAAAUGAAGGUUUCAAAGCUUUAUACAAAGGUUUAUUGCCAAAAGUAUUGAGAUUGGGCCCAGGUGGAGCUAUUAUGCUUGUAGUUUAUGAUUAUAUGCAUGAAUAUCUUACUAACAAAUUUUCAUAUUGAUUUUUAUGCUACAUAAUGUACACAAUAAGUCUAUAACAUUAAAUAUAUUAAUAAGUAAUUCAUAUUCUUUUACAGUAUAAUAAAAAAUUUGCAUUUUUUAUUACGACAAUAACAAUCUAAUAGUUAAUCUAAUAGUAUUAUAUUUUAUUACAGAAAAUUACUAAUUACUUUGUAAUAAUAUGAUUCCUAUUUA